GAUUAGAAUGAAUACUCUCUGCACCCGACAACUCAUGAGAUCAGAUUUCAAGAAAACUGGCUGCAGGAACAUAAUAGGUUACGCAAGAAGAUGGAAAAAUAAUAGGAUAGAUGAACAGAGGAUGAAAUACAUGGGAGCUGAUAAACCUGCUGCAGAAUGGAUAUUGCUGAACAAGGGAAAAGUGAAGAUGUCUGGUAGUAAUAAGUGGAUAUCUUCAUUCUGGGACUUUCCUCAAGAUAACUUCUCCAGUGACUUCAGACUGACUCACAUUCAGGCUGACAACACUGAGGUUUCUUCUACUGGUUUUAGAUACAUAAAGAACCUGGCCUAUAUCCAGACAGCCUCGUUUGCCCAGUGCCGGUAUGUUGAUGACAGUGCACUGCCUCAUUUACAUGGUUCAGCAGACAGCGGUUCAUUAAAGGCACUAAACCUAUCAAAGACUAGUAUCACACAGCACGGUAUCCGUCAGCUAGCAGAACUUAAAUCACUCAAACAUCUCGAUAUUUCGGAUUGUAAAGGAAUGUUGGAUAUACCUUUUGAAUCUGAGUUGCCUGAUUUACUGGAUUAUCUCAAAUCUGAGCUCCCUAAGUGUGCUAUAAUCUUACAUUCGGGCAAAGUUCUGGAAGAACAAAUGUGAGGGUGCAAGUGAUUGUUUUGAGAAAUCUUGUAGUUUUUAUUAUUGAGUUUAAAUUUUAAUACGAUAUUUAUUAUUGCUGGCCCUUUUGUUAGAAAGUUUUGAUUUUUUGAUAUUUUUUUAAUUGUUCAACUUCAGUGUGGUUAUUUAUGUAUUUAUUGCUUUCCAAACCGCAGCGGUUAUAAACUUAUCAUGAAAAUGUUAUGUACAUAAAAAUAAUCGAUUAUUGAGGAGUUAUAAAGUGAGCUAAUUUUAUGUGCGUGAUUGAAUUUUUGAUCCUGCAUUUCUUUUCCUUUCUACUUUUCUACAGAGAGUUUCUUAGAAACUCAAUUUCUAAUCCAGUCUCUUUGUUAUUAUGUAGUUUUUGGAAGUAAGAACUAGGAUGUUAAUACU